CCUACGUCACGCCAAUGGCGGCGUAGUAGCAGACGAACGGGUCGCGAUCGCGAGGGUAUACAUACGACACGCGCAGCGCGCUUGCCUUCAUCAGCCGUGUUGUUGUGUUGCGCGGGUCGUGGAGGAGUGUCAGGAGAAGAGUGUCGCGCGCGGAGCGCGCUCUGCGAUGAAGAGGACGGCGGCGCACGAGGACGGUCGUCGUUUCGUCGUCUCGCGAGUUAUUGCGGCGAGUGUCAGCGCGUUACCGCGACGGUGUUGCGACGUGCACGACGCCAGGAGCGCCGAGACACGCGAUUAUUAAGAGGAGAGACUCCGCUCUCCCGACUCCAGGCAGCAGCAGUCCACUUCGGACGGACGGACGGACGGACGGACUCACGCACGGCACGCACGCACGCACGUACGCGCGCGCGCGCGCGCGGGCGCACACGCGGAAUCAACGCAGGCAAGGAAGAGAGAGAGAGAGAGAGAGACGCACACAGAGUGACCGAGAAGAGCGCGGCGGUCCUCUCCUGGUAGCCGUGUCAUUGACUCAGGACGAAGUGUCAAAAUCUGCCGUGCCCGUUUUCCACCACCGCCACCGCCGCCCCCCACCCCCUCCUCUCCUCGUCGUUGGGUUGCGAGUAAUAUUAAAACGGUCCGCGAAUAAUUUCGCCACCCGGCGGACCUCCCCCGUCGUCGCUCACUUCGGGGGCCGACGGCAAGGCAGUGCGACAAACAACAUCACGACGACGGCCGACCGCAGGAGGGCGAAAGCGUGUAUGCGCAUUAUUGAUGUUAAAGGACAAAAUGAUGUUCGAGAGAUACGAAUAAACGCAUAAUACUGCGAUUGGCAUCGAGACACUACCAAAAAAAAGAACAUAAUAAUCAUGUAUCCAAGAUACAUUUAAUCAAAUUUGAUUGUCAGUGUUUACUACAUUUGGUGAGGGUUGAGGAGUAAUGCCGGUUCAUCAGAUCAAUGUUAAUCCGCCUGAUUGGCAACCACCAUUGUCAAUUGGUCCUUCCAAUAAUACGAGUCCCGCUAGUGGAGAAGCUCUAUCAGAAUGGAUACCACAGAAUUUCGCUUACGGUACAGUAGUUACUAUUAUACCAGAUGAUUGCCACUCGUCCGUAAGCACGUUAUCUUCGACCAACCAUGAUAUUUGCAGGAUCUGCCACUGCGAGGGUGAGGAGGGCGCCCCUUUGUUGGCGCCGUGCUACUGCAGCGGCAGUCUGCGCUACGUGCAUCAGGCUUGCCUUCAACAAUGGAUAAAAGCUUCGGACACGCGCGCCUGCGAGUUGUGCAAGUUCACAUUUAUCAUGCAUGCCAAGACAAAACCGUUCUGCGAGUGGGAGAAGCUCGAGAUGUCCGCGCUGGAGGUGCGGAAGCUGUGGUGCGCGGUCGCUUUUCACGCCGUGGCCGCGCUCUGCGUGGCAUGGUCCCUAUACGUGCUCGUCGAACGAUCCGUGGAGGAGGCCCGUCGCGGAUUCGUCGAUUGGUCCUUCUGGACCAAAUUGAUUGUCGUCGUGAUCGGUUCCACUGGCGGAUUAGUCUUUAUGUAUAUCCAAUGCAAAGCGUACAUUACAUUGUGCAGAAAGUGGCGAGCAUUUAAUAGGGUGAUAUUUAUUCAAAAUGCUCCCGAGAAAGUGGUGCUUCCUCCCUCACCUACGGACUCUUUAAGAGAAGUUACCCUACCCCUGAAGGACCCAACUGCCUCGAUGGCCGAGCUCAACCGUACUCUGUUACCCCGUACUAUAGAUCCUCCAUGUGCCUCGCAAAUGGCGAAGCCCGACUCUGCCGCGCCACCGCAGAGGCACGACGCUCAACUGAAACUUUACGUAUUCGACAAGUUGUCCUCGUCCGAGGACAACCUAUAAUAACUUCGGAGAGAGAGAGAGACACGGAAACGGUCGUUGAAAGGAGAGGCGAAAAAAGUCCCGCGCGUUCGGAAGGUGAUCAACCAAAUUUCCCUCGUCUCGAGAUGAGAAACGCGUCUCCCUCCACUACCCCCCCCCCCCCGGACGGGAGAUUCCGGAUGAUUUUUAAACUAUUAACGAUUUCGUAACUCGGAGCGGAAUUAUCCCUGUCCGAAGUCGUCAGAUAUCCGCCCUCAUACGCAGCACCUUUUUUUUCCCCCCCGAAACUUAGUACUUCAGUGCUUACAGUGUUGACAAGUGAGAUAGAGACGGAAGUGUACAGCUCCGAAAAAUGCUGGCGCUUUCUUAUGUACAUAAUUAUUGUAUCUGUGAUGUUAUUAAAUAAACUUUACCAUAUUUAAACGAC